GCACUGUUUACCCGCGCGGUUCUUUUUCCUUCUGAGGGUCUUGUCCCCGGCAGUUCCUCCCGAUUUUUACAUUUCUCAUCGCCCACAAGGAGAGAGUCCUCUUGCUAUACUACCGCAGCAUCCGCGUAUCUAUAUGGACUAUUCUGAAAAUUUCAGUCCUACCGAGUCGGAAGGAGCGGGUGAACAUACGAUUCAUUCUCGGCCGUUUCGUGCGGCAUGGGACGAUGGUGUUCAUGUCGUAAGCGUUGUGGAAGCUGGAUGCUUGGAAUCGAGGGGAAUCUCGUCGUUGUAUCGUGCGUGGCUUAGCGAAAAGUUAGGCGAUUGCUUCGCAGCCGCGCUCGUGCUGCCGAGUCAAUCAAAGGCCAGUUGGACAAAGAGGGUUAUUGGGUAUGAGAUAUAUCCACACAUGUUUCUGCGGUCCAUGAAUGAGACUUUUGCAAUGGCUGCAAAGGGUUCUAUUUCCGGAGAGCUGCUCCGUCUUCGUCGAGCACAGAAAUGACCGGUUUGGUAGAGGUUUUGCGCGGGAGAGUUUAUAGGGCUUCGUGUGCAUUUCGCUAGGAUUUCAGGCAGCUGUAUCAUCCAGGCCGUUGAUGUAACGAAUCUACAUCAACCAUAGCCUGUUGAUAUGUGUCGUUUCCAGCGGACUGCAAGUGUCCACAGACAGUAUCUCGAUUCGACGAAGCUUGAAUAAGGUUGUUGGAACCACUUUUCUCGGUUGAUGUUUUUUUCCUGAUUCGUUGAUUGAUUGAUCUAUUAAUCGGAAUUGAAGGGCGGUUAUUGAACUGGAAAGAGAAGGCGAAAAUCUGCAUCUGCUUCCGUUCUGAAGAUGGGUCGUCUAGGCAAAUUGGCCCACGAUAUGCCCUCGUGUUUCGUCUGGUGUUGCUUUUGCGCCAAGGAUGUCCAUGACGACCAGUACCGUCCUCCUGACGCGGCCCACGAAGGAUCACCUCUUCCGAAGCCAAAACCAACACGACCGCUGCCUAUUCAGGCUACAGCUUACACGCUGGAGGAAAUCAGGCAGUUCACCAACAACUUUGAGCUGAAGCUUGGUGAGGGAUCAUAUGGGCGUGUGUUUCUUGGGACUCUUCAUAAUGGGAGAAAGACGGCAGUCAAGCAAUUGGAUGCAAGCUCACAGUCAGAUUCCGAUCUGCUCGCUCAAAUCAGCAUUAUCAGCAGACUUAAGCAUGACAAUGUGAUCGAGAUGCUGGGCUAUUGUGUUCAAGGUUCACAUCGGUACUUAUCAUUUGAAUACGCUCCCAAGGGAAGUCUGUAUGACAUGUUGCAUGGGAGAAAGGGUGUGAAAGGUGCACAACCUGGACCUCCAUUGCCGUGGAUGGCACGUGUUCAGAUUGCCCUUGGAGCUGCCAAGGGUCUUGAGUACCUGCAUGGGAAGCAUCCGGACCCUGUUAUUCAUCGGGAUGUGAAGUCUAGUAACAUCAUGUUGAUGGAAGACAUGACUUGUAAGCUUGGAGAUUUCAAUCCGAGUCAGCAAGCACCUGAUGUGGCGCCCAGAUUGCAUUCCACGCGUGUGCUGGGUACCUUCGGUUAUCAUGCGCCAGAGUAUGCAAUGACAGGUCAGUUGACGGCAAAAAGCGAUGUGUAUAGUUUUGGGGUGGUCAUGUUGGAGUUGCUAACGGGCCGAAAGCCAGUGGAUCACACCAUGCCAAGGGGCCAGCAGAGUCUGGUGACGUGGGCUGUGCCGAGGUUGACUGAGGAUAAGGUGAAACAAUGUGUUGAUCCCAGAAUCAAGGGAGAAUGGGAAUUGAAGAGUGUUUCGAAGUUUGCACAAUUAACAGGACUGUGCGUGCAGUACGAGGCAGAUGCUCGCCCCCCCAUCAGUAGGGUAGUCAAGGCAUUGACGACGCUUUUACACCCGCCUGUGCCUGUGCACGAGUAAGGCGAGGAAUUUUUUUCGUUUUGGUGAGGGCCUCAGCCAGUUGUUCUUUUCGUCUGGAUUCGAGCUCACAUAUAGUGUGGGCUUAUUGCCGUAUCCUGCAUUCCACGACGUUCCGUCUCUAUCGCCUGUUGUUGUUGUUGUGGUUGAAAACUGGGUAUCAGGCAAGAGAUCUCUUCUUUUCUCCUCUCUGUAGCCUACUGAUGGGUGAUUUUAGCCCAUCAUAUUUCACAGGUCUUCUGUUUUGUCAAUGCUACCACAUUCUAUUCUAUGUAAGUCACCCGACAGUGAGCCGUGUGCUAUUCAUUCAAGGUAAACCUUCGUUUGCUUAAGGACCUCGGUGUGAAGGUAUCGUAUAGAGGCUGUAGAACCUCUCACUAAAUGCCUGCGGGAGGUGCCACUCGCAGCUCAUCCGAGCGAAAAGGGAAGAAGCGGAUCUGGCAUAUCUGGAGGAAACUCGUUUUGUCAACCGAGUUUUUGCAAGCAAUUUGCAGCAGAGGAAGGGCACACUUGAGGUGUGCUGAAACCCCUUGGGCACGUCAUGGUUACGGAGGGUGGCGUUUUCAUCGUUAGUUGCAGUGGAAGUGCAUUGGCACUGAACCAGAACAUCAGCCCCAAGUUGCUGUCGGCAGAGGAUGGAUACAUGUGGAUGGUAGAACAGGAAAUUGCUUCUGGGAUGGAUACAAGUGGGACCUGGACCACAGUCUGUAAAUCAUUGCUCUCCCCGAGUCCCUCUUCAUUUAUUUCUUUUGGUAUGUCAAUAGGUGUUUUCUGUCCCAUUGUGAAAUAGCUGAGUGAGGAGUGAAGGGGCGGUUGCAGGCGAGGAAGACACAGAGAGAGAGAGAGAGAGAGAGAGAGAGAGAGAGAGAGAGAGGGGAGCAGGAGGGGCGUUAUUGUAAAAGGGGCAGCAAGGUUCCUGCAACCGCCUCCUCUUGACGUCGAGGUGCCUUACUGAAUGGUGCUGGGACUCGCACCUGUCUAUAAGUAUAUAUAUGUCCUCUUCUCCCUCUCUGCCUACGGCUUACCGGGCAGUUCUAUUUGACGAUAUAUAUAUAUAUAUAUAUGUAUGUCAUAGGCUGAUGUGAGAACAUAUGUACGGGUGAUGAAGGGCUAUUUGCCAAUUGGUAAGUUCAGUUCUAUGUCGUCUUAUUGCCAGGGAAUAAAGUUGGGCAUCGUAGGAGAAGUAAGGAAGGUCGUCUGCUACUGGGAAUGCGAAGUUUGCCUUUUGAGCACUAGAACACGGUCUGCGUCUUGCACUUUGCACUGUUUUUUAAGCGCAGAAAAUGUCAACGUGUCAAAGUCUUCACUCGGAAAUUUAGAUAGGGUAAUGUUCUGCAGCUUGCCCAUGGAGUUGCUCGAAUGUCGGCGUGUGAAAGUCCUUACAGGUGAACUGGGAUAGUUUGCCAAUGCAGUUGCUCACGGGCUGGAACGUGUCUGUAGAUGCCAUCUCAAGUCGGCAGUACUGUGGAGGAUAGAGAGGACAAGAGAAUGAUUCUCGACCCAUAUACACAUAUAUAGUGGUGGGGAGAAGAAUACAUUCGCUGCCCUGUUGCCACCGAAAGUGGGGUUGCUCAACACUGGGCCACAACAGGGCAACCAUUACAGUAUAUGAAGAAAAAAAAGUAGUCCGUCAUAUCUUUGGUCGUGUCCCUUGUGCACGAUUCUCGUGAGCCCAGCUUGAAUGAGGUGGAUGACAUGCAGGUGACGUCUCAUUGUGGGACUGUUCGGUGAAGGACCACAGGGGUAUUGCAUGGGCAUCGUCCAAGGAGGAGACGGUUCUUGUGGACCUCUUUGCGCGCAGUAUCAUCGUGGAGAUUCAACUCUCUGCUGGUUGUAGAAUGAUUACCGUCAGGUUGGGCCAGGUAUUGGCGAAACUCUUGGUCUCUGAAAGUAUUUGGUGAAUCGUCAGACGAAGUGGGGCAUAAAUAUAUAUCUUGGUUAGAUAGCUCGAUCGAUGCGUGGCAGAUGCCGUCCUGCUCCAGCUGCCAACUCCAGGGCAACUCCAGAAGACAUCAAGUUGUAGCAGAGGGUCUAGAGUGUUUUGCGCGGUAGCGGACUUAUCUGUGGCAGCAACGGGAAGGAGGGUACAUUACAUCGCUUGCUUGGCUGGCAGUUCUGGUACGUUGGCAUUUCAGGCCAGACAUGAGGAGUCGGUAUACUACUUUCAAUCUCUACGCCACAUUCGCUUAUUAUCACUUUUCUUAUUCUGAGAUUGGAUUUGUGUGAACUCACCAUGAAUAAAGUUGAGUAGCGUCUGCAGCAAUCUCCUAUUCCCUCUUCAUCACCCUUGGUAGACUUCCCCCAUGCAGGACAGGACCUCAAAGUUGAGUAGCGUCUGCAGCAAUCUCCUAUUCCCUCUUCAUCACCCUUGGUAGACUUCCCCCAUGCAGGACAGGACCUCCUCGUCAGUCACCCUUGGCAUAUUUCCCCCAUUCAGGACCAGAUGAAAGAAUGUGUCCGCUGUGUGAUGCUUUUUACAGCAAGGGCUGUGUGGUGCUUUGACAAGCAAUAGUGCAGCGUGUGGUUGUGUCUGCUCCUGUGCUUCUCUGAGCUAGCAGAGUGGUCCUCUCUGCAGUUGCAGCUGGCUGGAGCAGUAUUGCUAUUUCCUUUUAUCAUGGGCGUGUCUAGGUUCUGCCGUAGCCUCUACGAGGCGUCAUUCUCUUUGAAGAGGAGUCUGUGCAUGGGGCGGUUGUUCUCCAGAUGCCCGCCCACGAAAUGCGUUUUAUCAUUUAUGCUCUGCGGAAGUGCGGUGUCCAUGGCGUGAUAGCUGUUGCUUGAUGUUGUGACUAGCGCGCUAGCAUCCUUUCAACAGGCGCACCUCAGCCUCGCACCCGAAAUGAGGAUGGCUGGUCGGACGUCGGAAUAUGUGCUCUUGUGGCACACGUUUUUCUUAAUCGGUUGCUGCUCUCCGCCUAUGAGCUUGACACAUUGUUUGUUUGUUUUUUGACACACGUUUCGCUGCCUCUGCGUGCACAGACACAGCAUGGGGAAUUGUGGCUGACGCUGUGAUCGGCUCACGGAUUAGACUGCAGAUCGGGACGGUAGAGCAUCCAUGCAUUUGUGACGGUUAAAUCUGGCCAAGUACGGUGCACCUUCAAUAUGCACGUACUCCUGAAUAGCUGCUCUGUACUGGCCUGAGCACCACUGUGGCACCUGCAGAAAUACGAGUCAUUUGUUGGAUUGCACGGCAGCUCUUAUACCCUGAAUGAGCCUCCUAUUGUUGUCGUCAGGGGGGGGGGCAGGGCGAUGGAAAGCCAGAAUUUUCAUGAGAAAUAGUAGUCUGUUUGGUCUUGCGAUUUUUGAAACGCAGGCAUGCGUUCCGUGAGGGUGCAUCUCCUCCCGAUUCGGCGUUGAAUCUCUCUUACCAUUUUGGUUUCACGACCAUGGUGGUGGAGAGGAGGACGGUGGGCGGUGAUGGGCGCGUCGAGGAAGGAAGGUCUCAUCACUGUUGGCCUUGGGAUCGUCAACAUCCCAACCGGAGCCAUUUCUGUUGUCUGCCCGCAGGAUCUGUGUUGCUAUAAAUGGUUGCUACUUGUGUUGUUGUUAAGCAUAAUGAUCCCCUGAGGAAAAGUGUUCUCCGUGUCACGGAAUUCGAGAUGUGCUCUUCUGCUGUGCUCUUUGCACUUUCACAGUUGCCUUUCUGUAUAUGGGCGGUUACUCAAUGCUGCUAUGUUUUGUUUCUCUUUCUGUUUGCUGAAACUUUUUUUGUCUGUGUGUUUGGAGGGGGGUGAGGCGCAUGUGUGUGUGGGUGUGUGUUGGGGGGUGGGGAGAGAGAGAGAGAGAGAGAGAGAGAGAUGGUCAGGAAGAGUUUGUGGGGUCUUGAAGGGGAGGGGGUCAGGAGAGAGGACAAGCGGUAGGGAUGGCAUAUGCACGGAGGGAGAGCGAAGGAUGAGAGGGAGAAGAGCUACUUGAGUUACAGAGGGUACUCUUGUGGCUAUUUUUGUCAUCAUGUAUUAUAUCAUGAGGUAUAGUACAUUAUGUGGUCAGCAUGGGUGGGUCUCUAGUCUCUUGGUGGUCAUUAGGCGAUUGCGGACAUGAUUAAUGGGUGGACCAGACAUAGUGUCGAUCAUCAGACAAAGCUUCAAAUGAUACCGGAAGCGGUUGUCGAAAGGCAAUCGAUCCCCAGAUAAUGUUUCAUGCUACUCAGUCUUUCUAUUUUUAUUGAGAAUUUGAGAUAAUGAUUACCAUGAAGAGAACACCAAUG